UCGCUACUGAUUUGUAAACAAUUGACCUGAUGAUCAUUUGCCGGGAAGUGAGGAGUGGAAAAACAUGACGCUCAGAUGAAUAAUAAUCUCAGUUAAUUCAAAUGUCUUGUCUUCACUGAUAUGCUAUAGCUAUAUUAUAAAUAAUACAUUGCUAAACGUUUAUAACGUGGACAAAUCCUUUUGAUUUAUGCGAUAAAAAAAGGUUGGCAGAUAGCAAUGAACGGAGAUCUGAAUGGCACAAAAAGUCCCAAACCUGCACAUCGUUCUUCACUUAAAGGACGAAUGCAAGUGGCUCUUUUAGAUGAUACUGUUGUUGCCUUUGAUGUCGAGCCAAAAUUGAAAGGCGAAGAGCUGUACAAAAAAGUCAAUGCUCAUCUUAACCUAGAUGAAGCAGAAUAUUUCGGCCUGCUCUAUAUCGAUGAAGAUGAAAAUCAAUGCUGGCUAGAUCACUUAAAACCUAUCGUGAAACAAGUCAAAGAACCAUCAAAAGUCACCUUUAAGUUUCGUGUUAUGUUUUAUACUCCUGACCCUAACAGUUUGCAAGAAUACACAAGGUAUUUGUUCACGCUUCAAGUAAGGCGAGAUCUACUUGAUGGAAGACUGCAUUGCUCCGAAGACACUGGUGCACUUUUAGCUUCAUAUAUUGUUCAAGGAGAACUUGGUGAUCAUGAUCCUAUGGUACAUAAAGUUGGUUACUUGGCUGGAUUUCAAUUUGUGCCAAAUCAGACUCCAGACAUUGAACAAAAAAUAGUUGAUUAUCACAGAUCUCACAGAGGAGAAAGCCCAGCUGAAUCUGACCACAACAUGCUCGAAAUUGCUCGUAAACUGGAGAUGUAUGGUAUCACUCUUUAUCCUGCAGAGGACAGCGAUGGUGUACACUUGAGUUUAGCUGUAUUUAAUAUGGGAAUCCUCGUGUUUCAAGAUAAACAUAAAAUAAACACCUUUUCAUGGGCUAAUGUUAGAAAAUUGACGUUCAAAAAGAAAAAGUUUUUACUUAAACUGCACCAUGGCGCUGGUGAAGAUGGCUUGUUAGUUGCCUUUGAAAUGAAGAGUAGGAAUGCAGCAAAAGCAUUUUGGAAAGUUUGUGUCAACCAUCAUGUGUUCUUUAGGCAAAAGUCUGCCAGUACUCUUAAAAAAGGAAAGUCGUCAUUCAGAAGAGGUUCCAAAUAUAGAUACAGUGGGCGUACACAAAGAGAAAUUUCUGAAGAAGCUGCAACAAGAAUUGGAGUGUCACCUGACAUGGACAAUGAUAAGACUGGAUCUGAAAAAGCUAAAUAUCAACCUCCUUCAAUUUCAUCACAACCAGAUAGUCCUCAAAGUUCUGGUCCUCUACGAUACACCAGUCGUCAAGUAUCCGAAGAUGAAGGUAGCUUCAGCAUCUCAAGUGAGGCAUAUGGCUACAAAAGGGAUGAAUAUAGACCAGAACUUGAGGAGGACAAUAUCAUAACUGCAAACAUGACACAACAAAACGUUAUAACAAUUAGACACCAAGAUACUGUAGACUCUGUAGGUAACGAUAGCUUUCUGCAAGCUGAAAAAACACUAUUGCCACCCUCGUACAAUGAGGUUGUUGAUGUUGAACCAGUUAUUCAGCAAGAGGCAUCCCAUGAACUUGAGACAUUGCCAACUUCUUCAUCUUUUGAAUUCGAUUACUCACCAUAUACAAUAGGCGACUCCUUUAAAGCAGAAAGUUUGCUUUAUGAAACAGACGAUGCAAGUAUAAAUAUAGAUGAAACCAACACAGACCUCGAUACACCAACAUAUAAUUUUGACACUUCUCUCACGAAUGGUGUUGGUGAUGGAGAUGAUCUUUCCCUGGAUGCCACAGUUCAUGUUACCAGUACAGAUCGUGAAAUUGAAGAUGAGGUCGAAUCCAUGUUCCAAAGAAUUAACUCUGAAUAUGGUGGCAUAACAAGUGGCUGGCAGUAUAAUAUUUCUUCUAUUACCACAGAAGGAUUAAAAAGUGAUGAUGAAAAUGCUGAACAUAGUGACACAGAGGAUAAAAUAGCUACUGGAGUUCCCAAUGUUUCAGAAUCUACAGAAGUCGAUGCUGAUGAAGCUCGGAAGAUGGAGGUCAUCCAGGAAGAAAAAAGUGAGUUGCAAUCCGAUAAAACUGAAGCAGACGAAGAAACAGAAGCUCAGCUACGUGAAAAAGUUAAAGCGUUAUACCUCCAGAACUGUCCUACAACGCAUGCAUAUGAUUCUGAUUCUGAUGCAUCUGCCAUUACAGUUGACGAUGAAGGGAGCGCUUUCGAAGACGACUUGUCUCUUCCCCGCAGUUCCAGUAGUAGUAUUAGUAGCAUGCACAAACGUGAAGGAUAUAUGAAAAAAUUUAAAGAGUCUGGGCUGAUUUAUAAUAUUGCAAAAGAAAUUCUGUUGACUGAAAGAACGUAUGUGAAAGAUUUGGAAGUACUGACCGUGUCAUUUCGAAGCUUGGUUGAGCAAGAUGGCGCCAUGCCCGAACAUUUACUUAAAUUGCUGUAUGAUAAUAUCGAUCCGCUUUAUGAUUUCCAUUGCUCUUUACUAGCAGAGUUGGAGGAGCGCAUUAGUUUAUGGGAAAAUGUCUCGACAGCAGAAUCAACUCGUGAUAGUGUUCAAAAAAUUGGAGACAUUAUGCAUCGAAAUAUGAGACAUAUUAAGUUGUAUACAAGUUACAUUAAAAAACAUGGUAAUAUAUUGCUUGAACUGGAAGCUGAGACAAAAAGAUCAAAAAGCUUUGAAAAACUUUACAAAGAAUUUGAAAUGGGGAAAGUGUGUUAUCUUUCAUUAAACUCCUUCUUAUUGAAGCCAGUACAAAGAUUGCUCUACUAUCGAUCCAUUUUAGAACGGUUGAGAACGCAUUAUGGUAAAGAUCAUACAGACGCGAUAGAUGCAAAAGUUGCACAUGAAGAGGUGGUAGAGGCGUGCAAACAAGUAGAAGGCAGCAUGAAAAACUUGGAAAAUCUUCACAAGUUAGUUGAACUUGAACGCGACCUUGUUGGUGUGGAAGAUCUGGUUCAUCCACAACGGGUGUUUUUACGUGAAGGUUGUCUUCAUAAAAUUUGCAGAAAAGGUCCACAGCCAAGAAUGUUUUUCCUGCUGUCAGAUAUCCUGCUUUACACCAGUCAAGGUGUGACAGCAACAAAUCAAUUCCGAGCACGUGCCCAGAUUCCUUUAAGAUCAAUGAAGAUUGAAGAGGGUGGCGUUGACCUGCAUGGUUUGUAUGCGUUUACUGUUGUGGGUCCUGGGGCCAAAUCCUUUGUCGUCGCUGCUAGUUCGCCGGAAGAACGAUCUAAGUGGAUUGAAGAUAUGCAGAAGGCCAUUGACGAGGCAAUAAAAACAACAAUCUGCAGUAGAUGUCAGUCAAAUAAAACCGAGUUCAUAUUAUAUGUGGGCCAAGAUAAUUCCCACAUGUGCUAUGCGUGCAAAGCAGAUAUAACCAAACUUAGCUCCAUGUCUCCUGAUGACCGACUGAAGUACUGGCAAACGAAUUACCCUCCCCCGCCCGUGAUAAAACGCUCCACCUUAGAUGGAGAUUCUGACGACGAAGGUGCUUACACACUGAGCGAACAGUAUUCCUCGUUAGAUCGUCGGCAUGCUCAUUCAAGAACAGUCUCUACACGGAGAGUGUGUUGGCAUCGAAAUGCAAGUAUAAGUAUGAAAGAUUACGCAAUGUCCAUGCAGAAUAGCAUCAGCGGUAGUCUACAACGUAAAUUCAAGAACACGAACAAAUGGCAGAAGCUGUGGGUCGUGUUCACCAACUUUUGUUUGUACUUCUUCAAAACUUACGAGGAUGAAGCGCCAUUGGCCAGCCUGCCUCUGAUUGGUUAUAGUAUAUCCAGACCGACUGAGCUUGAAGUUCACGAGGAGCUGGCUUUCAAACUACAAUUUAAAACGCAUAUUUAUUACUUCCGUGCGGAAACUGAAUACGCGUUCGAAAGAUGGAUGGAGGUUAUUACGAGCGCCACGAAAACCGGCAACCGAUCACGUAUACAUAGUCGUCGAGCUGGAUCAACGAGCUAAGAUGCUAUCACGCGUUUGUAGUAUCAGGAGUAAGCGAUACGAAAUCUCCACCAGCUUAGUGAAAAACGAAUGACCAGCAGUGAGUUCUUUCUGCUAAUGGAAAAUUUAACAGAAAAACAACGAUACCAUGAACAAAGUCACAAAUUUUAAAUUUCCUAUUUUUUUAAGAAAUAAAAAAUAGUUUUGUAAUUCUU